AUGGUUUUAUCAAAUUACAAUUGUUUGUUGCUAUCAAUUACCUUAGUAUUAAUUUCCAUAGUCAAUUCUUUACAAAUAAAUCAUAAUCAAUUUUUAUUACAAGAACUUACUGAAAAUAAUCAACCAUUAAUAUUUGAAUCUCAAGAGAAUAGUGACAAAGAAGUAUGUAAACAAUAUGAAUAUAAAUAUCCAAAAUCAUUUAAAAAAGAUAAUUCAACAGUUUUAAAUAUAUUAUAUAAUGAAACAUUUAGAAAUCAAUCAGCUAAAAAAUUAUCAGGAGCAGUAAAAAUUGAAACUCAAGUUUAUGAUAAUUCACCCACUGUAGAAGAUGAUCCAAAUUUUUGGAAUAAAAAAUUUAAUCCCUUGUACAAUUAUUUAAAUAAAACUUUUCCCAUAAUUUUUCAAAAUCUUGAAAUUGAAUUAAUAAAUCAACAUGGUUUAUUAAUUACUUGGAAGGGGUCCAAUCCAAAUUUAAAAUCAAUUGGAUUAUUAGGUCAUUUAGAUGUUGUACCAAUUCAAUCAUCUACAUUAAAUCAAUGGACUUAUCCUCCUUUUUCAGGUCAUUAUGAUGGUGAAAAAUUAUGGGGUAGAGGAAGUUCAGAUUGUAAAAAUUUAGUUAUUGGAUUAUUAGAAACUAUAGAAGAAUUAUAUAAAUUUGGUUUUAAACCAAAAAGAAAUAUAAUUUUAGGUUUUGGAUUUGAUGAAGAAAUUGGUGGAUUUAGAGGUGCUAAAAAUAUUGCAAAUCAUUUAAUUAAAAAAUAUGGUAAAGAUUCAUUUUAUGCUAUAUAUGAUGAAGGUGGACAAAGUAUUGCUUAUGAAAAUGAUGUAUUAUUAGCAUUACCUGGAACUGGUGAAAAAGGAUCGAUUGAUAUAAAAAUUAGUUUAAAUACUCCUGGUGGUCAUUCUUCAGUACCUCCAAAACAUACUUCAAUAGGUUUGAUUUCAAAAUUUAUUACAUUAUUAGAAUCAAAUCCAUUUGAACCAAUUUUUACUCCAUUAAAUCCAACAUAUCAUGAAUAUCAAUGUAUUGCUAAAUAUUCACCUACUAUACCAAAAGAAAUAAAAUGGAGUAUAUUAAAUGCUCAAUAUCCAAAUGCAAAUAAAAUAGCAAGAGAUUGGAUUUAUAAUAAUCAAUCAUUAACUUCAAAAUAUUUAAUUUCUUCAACUCAAGCAAUUGAUAUUAUAAAUGGAGGAGUUAAAUCAAAUGCAUUACCAGAAUAUGUUGAAAUUAUAAUGAAUCAUAGAAUAGCAAUUGAACAAACAGUUGAAGAAAUUUUUAACCAUGAUCUUGUAUUUUUAAAACAAAUUGCAGAUGAAUACAAUUUAGGUUUAAUUAUAACUAAUGAUAAUGAAACAAUUAUUGAACCAACUUCAAAUGGUUAUUUUAAAAUUGAAAAAUUAGGUGGAUUAGAACCAGCACCAACAACUCCAACUACUGGUAAAAAAUGGGAAUUAUUAGUUGGAAAUAUAAGACAUGUUUAUGAAAAAUUAUCAUUUACUUCAAAACUGCCAUAUUAUAAUCAAAAAGUUAUAGUUUCUGGAGGUAUAGCAACUGGAAAUACAGAUACAAGAUGGUAUUGGGAUUUAACUCGUGAUAUAUAUCGUUAUCGUCCUGGUUUAUUAACAUCAGUUGAAUCUCAUGCUCAUGGAGUUGAUGAACAUAUAAUUUUUGAUUCUCAUUUACAAAUUAUUGCUUUUUAUUUUGAAUAUUUACAAUUAAUUAAUGAACAAGAUAGUGAAGAUUAA